UUGCAACCCUGCAGGCCCCCUCCUCGGCCCGGGAGCCGCGCAGGGCCCGAGCCCGCAGUCAAACAGCUUUUCCGAGGCCGCAGAGCCGUGCACCCGGCCCUUUCCCGCAGCCUGGCCGCGGCCGGCGGGUCGGGGAGGGCAGCUGGGGCGCGGCGGCCCCGCCCAGGCCCGGCGAAGCUGGGGCCGGUUCCCAUAGGGAUCGCGAGCGGGUGGCGGGCGAGAGUCGGCGAGGCCGGAGCGGGCAGAGGCCUGGGCCCGCGGCGCCACUUUGGUGAAGACCCUGCGGUGGAGGGCGCCUCUCCUGCCGGCUAGUCUAGUCGCAUCCGGUGUUUCCAGGCCAGUUUUUCAAAUUAUGUGAAGAUCCCUUCUGAGAAGAUUUAUUCCUCUGGCAUGGAGAAGUAUGAAAAAAUUGGGAAAAUUGGCGAAGGCUCUUAUGGAGUUGUUUUCAAAUGUAGAAACAGGGACACGGGCCAGAUUGUGGCCAUCAAGCGGUUUCUGGAAUCAGAAGAGGACCCUGUCAUAAAGAAAAUUGCCCUGCGAGAAAUUCGCAUGCUCAAGCAACUCAAGCAUCCCAACCUUGUCAACCUUAUUGAAGUUUUCAGGAGGAAGCGGAAGCUUCACCUGGUGUUUGAAUACUGUGACCACACGGUUCUCCAUGAGCUAGACAGAUACCAGAGAGGGGUGCCAGAACAUCUCGUGAAGAGCAUAAUUUGGCAGACACUGCAAGCUGUAAAUUUUUGCCAUAAACACAAUUGCAUACACAGAGAUGUGAAGCCAGAAAAUAUCCUCAUCACAAAGCAUUCAGUGAUCAAACUUUGUGACUUUGGAUUUGCUCGGCUUUUGACCGGACCAAGUGACUACUAUACAGAUUAUGUGGCUACCAGGUGGUACCGCUCCCCAGAGUUGUUGGUGGGGGACACACAGUAUGGCCCUCCUGUAGAUGUUUGGGCAAUUGGCUGUGUAUUUGCUGAGCUCCUAUCAGGUCUGCCUCUGUGGCCAGGAAAAUCAGAUGUGGAUCAGCUCUACCUGAUUAGGAAAACCUUGGGAGAUCUCAUUCCUAGGCACCAGCAAGUAUUUAGUAUGAAUCAGUACUUCAGUGGGGUGAAAAUUCCAGACCCUGAAGAUAUGGAACCACUUGAAUUAAAAUUUCCAAGUAUUUCUUAUCCAGCCAUGGGACUUCUAAAGGGCUGUCUCCAUAUGAAUCCUGCAGAGAGGCUGACCUGUGAACAGUUGUUGCUGCACCCGUAUUUUGACAGCAUCCGAGCAAUAGCAGAUUCGGCCAAAGGACCUGAUAAACCAGUGAGAAAGACACUGAGACCAAGUCGAAAGCAUCUGCCGGGGUUGCAACACCUACCUCAGCUGACUAACAGCAGUAUCCUUCCAGCUUUGGAUACUAAGAAAUACUACUAUAAUACCAAGAAACUUAACUAUCGCUUUCCAAACAUUUAAGGAGCUUGGAGACUGAUAAGAA